GCGUGCGUGCGUGCGUGUGUGUGUGUGUGUGUGUGUGUGUGUGUGUGUGUGUGUGUGCUGACUCGUCGAUAAACAUCGCGCGCGCCGACGUCAUCACCAGGAAACGCGCGAUGCGUGUCCCGGCGCCGCGAGCGCAACACCCAAAGGUCUCGUGAACGAUGUCCAGGUGUCAAUAAUUGACAUCCGUGGCGAACCCGAAGAGACGCGUUAACGGGAGCGCGUAGGUAGGUUGGGGCAGGAAGGUAUGGAGGGUGCCAACGGUCAGCUGCAGACCAAGUAUCAGAAAAUCGCCACGGAAUACUCAAAAAUUCGUGCGCAAGCAAAUGUUCUGAAGAAGGCUGUGAUAGAAGAACAAGCACGUAACACAGAUGUCCGGAAUCAAUUGAAGGAAAAGGAGGUGGAGUUUCGUAGGGCUGAGCAGGAGAUUGACAGUCUAACAUUUCGCAAUCAGCAGUUGACGAAGCGUAUAACUGUACUACAGGAAGAGCUCGACAAGGCACAAAACAAGCCCAAGAAGGGUAAGGGCAAAGCGUCGGAGAACAACAGUCAGAUUCCAGCACCACCACCACCACCGAAUAACAUUUUAGACGAGGAAUUUCAGAAAAAGAUUGUCGAGAAUGCUCAAUUAUUGUCCCAGAUUAGCGACAAGGAUAGCGAAAUUGAAAGUUUGUAUGAUAGGAUACAACAGUUGGAAUGUAAAGUCGAUUAUUGUGAGAAAUCUAAGGUAGAGUUAGAGUGCCAGUAUCAAAGCGCUAUAGACAAAUUAGAAAGAGAGAGAAAUGAUUUGCAGAGAAAACUAAACGAUAGACAGAAACAAGAGGAAACUGUGUCGUGGUCUAGUAACGAAGGUAGACGUGAUGGUUUCGAUUUUGAUACGAGAGGAAUACUCUCGAAUCAUCGUCAAACAGAACCAUCGCCGUUUUCUUCACCGUCUGCUUCGCGUAGAUCGUCGAAGUCGCUUGGGGAAGGAAAGCCGCAAAAGUCACAAGAAGAAAGUAAUGAAUUCCUUUAUGCGAAAUCAUGUGACUUAGAAAAGGAAAUCAAUCAUUGGAAGGCUCAGUAUCAUAUACUCAAGAUAAAAUAUGAUGAAUUAGAACAAAGAGAGACUGCAGUAACUCCACAAAUUAAUAACGACACAUCAAAACCUACGGAAAUAAAUAAUAUGAUUGGAAAAUUGAGUGCACCUUUUGCCAUACCAGACGAAAUCGAAGCUCGUGAAUUAAAAAUUAGGGAUUAUUUCUUAGAAGAAAUUGAAAGAUUAACAAACGAAAAACAUGUCUAUCAUAUUAAGAACUUAGCUAUGGCUGCUAAUAGCGAAGUUAUGCACGCGCAGUUAGAUACAAGCGAGUCAAAGAGAGAGAAGUGUGAAGUGACCCUGUUAGAGACACUUUCCAAUUAUAACAGUAUACAAAAAGAGAAGGAUGCGCAGGAGGUAAAUUACAAGAUACAACUCAAUACUAUGAGCGAGCAUCUUGCCAAUAUGAAUGAGAAACUUAUCUUCCAAACGGAGGAGAUACAACAAUUGAAAUUUGAACUAGCUAAUAAGAAUAGUAAAAAGGGGAAACAGAAGUGAUCCAGGUCAGAAUUGCAAAGAACAAUCAUUGACAUUCCAUUCAGUGGUAUGGUUUAAUCGGGAUCAUUGAUAAAUCUUAUGUACAUAUUUAGCUCAUAUGUGAAAACCACUGAUUUUGCGCAUACUCGUGUCUUUAGCCUGAAAAGCGCUAAAGAGCUCUCUAACUUGAUAUUACAUUAUUUAUGAAAUCAAAAUAAAAACUCAUCGAAACGACGUUCUUUUUAUGAACGUUGUUUAUGUUAUAAGUUUAACUCUUCUAAUAUUGUAUAUGUGCAACGAUUAUUCUUAUUUGCUCAUACUUAUUUACAGUAAUAUACCAACACUUCGUACAGGAUAAAUUUUACAAUCUA